CGGGGGUUCGCGCCGCGGACAGGGGGCGGAGCGGAGCCCGUGGCGAGCCUAGCCCCAGCCCGCCGGCCGCCAGCCGCUGUGGGACCCUGCAACGAGACCGCUGCCCACGAUUCUCCGCCGAGGACACUAGAAAGAUUGUGCAAUGAAUGGUGAUACUCGAGCUGCAGUGGUGACCUCACCACCCCCAACGACAGCCCCUCACAAGGAGAGGUACUUUGAUAGAGUGGAUGAGAACAAUCCAGAAUACUUGAGGGAGAGGAACAUGGCACCAGACCUUCGUCAGGACUUCAAUAUGAUGGAGCAGAAGAAGAGAGUGUCCAUGAUUCUACAGAGUCCUGCCUUCUGUGAAGAAUUGGAAUCUAUGAUACAAGAGCAAUUUAAGAAGGGGAAGAAUCCCACAGGCCUUUUGGCAUUACAGCAGAUUGCAGAUUUUAUGACCACGAAUGUACCAAAUGUCUACCCAGCAGCUCCACAAGGAGGAAUGGCUGCCUUAAAUAUGAGUCUUGGUAUGGUGACUCCUGUGAAUGACCUCAGAGGCUCUGAUUCUAUUGCAUAUGACAAAGGGGAGAAAUUAUUGCGGUGUAAAUUGGCAGCAUUUUAUAGACUAGCAGAUCUCUUUGGGUGGUCUCAGCUCAUCUACAAUCAUAUCACAACCAGGGUGAACUCUGAGCAGGAACACUUCCUCAUUGUACCUUUUGGUCUUCUCUACAGUGAAGUGACUGCAUCCAGCUUGGUUAAGGUCAAUUUACAAGGAGAUGUAGUGGAUCGUGGAAGUACUAACCUAGGAGUAAAUCAAGCUGGCUUCACAUUACAUUCUGCCAUUUAUGCUGCCCGGCCAGAUGCCAAGUGUAUUGUGCACAUUCACACACCAGCAGGGGCUGCAGUCUCUGCAAUGAAAUGUGGGCUCUUACCAAUCUCCCCAGAGGCACUUUCCCUUGGAGAGGUGGCUUAUCAUGAUUAUCAUGGCAUUCUGGUUGAUGAGGAGGAAAAAGUUUUGAUUCAGAAGAAUCUGGGGCCUAAAAGCAAGGUUCUUAUUCUGCGUAAUCAUGGACUCGUGUCAGUGGGAGAGAGUGUUGAGGAGGCCUUCUAUUAUAUCCAUAACCUUGUGGUCGCCUGUGAGAUCCAGGUUCGAACUCUUGCCAGUGCUGGAGGACCUGACAACUUAGUCCUGUUGGAUCCUGAGAAGUACAAAGCUAAAUCCCGUUCCCUGGGUACUCCAUCAGGGGAAGGCACUGGGUCACCUCCCAAGUGGCUGAUUGGGGAGCAAGAAUUUGAAGCUCUUAUGAGGAUGCUCGAUAAUCUGGGCUACAGAACUGGCUACCCUUAUCGAUACCCUGCUCUGAGGGACAAAUCCAAAAAAUACAGCGAUGUGGAGGUUCCUGCCAAUGUCACAGGCUACUCCUUGGCUAGUGACGGUGAUUCGGGCACUUGCUCACCUCUCAGACACAGUUUUCAGAAGCAGCAGCGAGAGAAGACAAGGUGGCUGAACUCUGGCCGGGGUGAUGAAGCUUCUGAGGAAGGGCAGAAUGGAAGCAGUCCCAAGUCGAAGACUAAGGUGUGGACGAACAUUACACACGAUCACGUGAAACCCUUGCUGCAGUCUCUCUCGUCCGGUGUCUGCGUGCCAAGCUGUAUUACCAACUGCUUGUGGACUAAAGAGGAUGGACAUAAAACUUCCACCUCUGCUGUCCCUAACCUGUUUGUUCCAUUGAACACUAACCCAAAAGAAGUCCAGGAGAUGAGGAACAAGAUCCGAGAACAGAACUUACAGGACAUUAAGACAGCUGGUCCUCAGUCCCAGGUUUUGUGUGGUGUAGUGAUGGACAGAAGCCUCAUCCAGGACGCACCCCUCUCUGACUGUACGGAAACUAUCGAAGGGCUCGAGCUUACAGAGCAGACCUUUAGUCCCGCUAAAUCUGUCUCUUUUAGAAAGGGGGAGCUGGUGACAGCCUCCAAGGCCAUCAUUGAGAAGGAAUACCAGCCACAUGUCAUCGUGAGCACCACAGGUCCCAACCCCUUCAACACACUCACAGACCGUGAGCUGGAGGAGUACCGCAGAGAGGUGGAGCGGAAGCAGAAGGGCUCUGAAGAGAAUCUGGAUGAGAUGAGAGAACAGAAAAAGAGUCCCCCAGACCAGUCUGCUGCCCCUCAUACUCCACCCAGCACCCCUGUCAAGCUUGAAGAAGACCUUCCACAGGAACCGACUUCCAGGGAUGACAGUGAUGCUGCCACCUUCAAGCCAACUAUCCCUGACCUGUCCCCCGAUGAGCCUUCAGAAGCACUUGGCUUCCCAACACAGGAGGAGGAAGCCCAUGGUCCCUCAAGCCCCAACCAGCUCCCUGCUGAGGCCAACUCUGAGCCAGCCUCAGCCACCGGGGCUGAAGAGGCAGCUUCCCCUGCCACUGAGGAAGGGUCUGUUGUGGACCCUAGCAGUGAUGGGUCUCCAGGCAAGUCCCCCUCCAAGAAGAAGAAGAAGUUCCGCACCCCUUCUUUCCUGAAGAAGAGCAAGAAGAAGAGUGACUGCUGAAGGCCCGUCUUGCACUGUCCUGUCUCAUGGCCCAGCUAUGCCAGAGGUCCCAUUGUCUUGUGUUCUGCCCUGUCAUGUAAUGAAUGGAAUGCCAAAAGCCAAGCCCUUCAUGUAGCUGGAACCCCAUCCCAUGUGUGACCAGCCCCUUCCUUGUACUAGUGCUGAUUGUGUUCAGCCCCCUCACCCAGGCCUUGGGUUCUGGGGGAGAUGGUCUUAGCCUGCUCCUGUGAGGUGUGCUCCCUGCAGGAGGGGGACACUGAAUCCUGGUCCUGGCUGGAAGGUACUGGAGGCUUCUGCCAGCUCUGGUUACAGCGUCACCCUCCUGAGCCUUGACCUCUCACUGUCCUUCCUGUUGUGAAAUACGCACUAUCUCUGCUCGGCUUCCCCUCCACCCUAAGGUGUCUCAGGUGACUGAAUCAGACGUGGCUUCUGCCGGCAUCCUCUGCUCAGUGAUGUCAAUUCUUCCCAUACACAGGGACCUCUAUAUGGUCACAGACAGUUCACAUCCAGGAUCCUGUGAAAACACUUGCAUGCCCACCAUUAGUUCAGGGCACCGUGGCCAUCCUCAAGAGGUGAGUUUGGGCCUGAAGCUGGGCCAGAAACCCUGGCAAGUGGCCCUGUGUACACCCAGUACAAUGCUAUGCAUGGUCUAAUUGAUGACCCCAUGACUAAAACCAGAUUCAGGAGCUCAUAGUUUAUCUUAACUCCCUGGAGUCUUAGAUUCCCAUCAUAGGGAAGGGAUACCAAGAGGGGGAAGAGUCCUUUCAAGAACAUUCUUUCAGCAGGUUUGCAGUUUAGCCCGUAUUGAACUGUGAACAUGAACAGCUACUUUUUGAUUUAGUUUUCAUUGUAGUCUGUGGCAGACUGCAGCAGAGCACUCAGUUAUUUGGGGGAGUUUUUGGAGCUGAGCAGGUAAUCUAUGAGCAAGUACCUUUUACCACAGAGACAUCUCCCCAGGCCCUUUAAUAGGGAUCUGGUCUCACCUUAACUCAGUCUGAAAGAUGCCCUGGUUUUGAUGAAACUCAAGGUAGAAUUCAGCCCUGGAGGUCUCACUUAAUGUCAAGCAUCAUUCAUGGAGUCCAUGACUUCCUUGAUUCAUCCCAUUGUGAAUUUUAAUCUAACUUGCAUCCUUGGAAAGGUUAUUAAAUGGGAACUAGAGGGUAGCCAGAUGGACUCCUCAAGGGGGUUGGUCCAGGAGUGCCUGUGCCAGCUGUACUAGGAUCCAAGGAAGCCUGCUUGGGUGGGCCCUGUAGAGCUGGGCUACCUCUGAUUGCACCAACUGGACACCAAAGCAGGACCCCACUGCACGACCCGUGUCUUGCUUUUCUGUUAAGAUGAUAUGGCGUUCUCAACUUCAUCUUGGACUUCACCCACAUGGACUCUUCCUCAUCCCUUCUCCUGCCCCUUUCUUUACCCCUCAUAUGCAAUGACUUUUAGUUUUCACUUUUGUAGUCUUAAUUCUUUGUAUUACAACAUGAAAUAUAGUUGCAUUUAUGGACAGACUUGGAGGACAGGUCUUAUAUGUCCUUUCCUCAUUGUAACAUGUUUUACUCACAAAUAAAAGUCUCCAAGCAGUUUCCUUGUC